ACGCGCUGUGACUACUAAAGCACAAACUGCAGUCUCACUCUCCUCCCCCUCCGUCUCUUCUCCUACUCUCUUUCCUAGCUCCCGUCUCCGUCUCUCUCUCUCCCUCUCUCUCUCUCGUUCUCUCUGCAUCUUAUCCAUACACCCCCCCCUCCCCUCCCACCACCACCACCACCCCCCUCUUCUGCUUUCAUUCAGAUUAUUUACCCAUCUCCUCCUCAAUCCGCUGUGUCUUUCUCCUCCCUCUCUUCUUGGUCUUCCUUGUCGCUGCUGCUCUUGCCUCCUCACCCUGCAUCCCUCCCUUCCUACCAGUGCUCCCGCCUUCCUCCUCCUCCUCCUCCUCCUUCUUGGAGAUCUUCAAAGCUGCCCAGCACACACUUGCACAUAGCACAACACACUCCUCUCCUGCGUGGGAAAAACAUGUCAGCUAUUCUGGACCUGGACCAGAUUGCAUGCUCUGGGAAUGGAGUGGAGCAUGACAUUGAGACUCCUCAUGGCGUUCUCCACGUGACGAUGAGAGGCGUCCCGAAGGGCAAUAGACCCAUCAUCCUCACCUAUCAUGACAUCGGCCUCAACCACAAGUCGUGCUUCAACACCCUGUUCAACUACGAGGACAUGCAGGAGAUCAUGCAGCACUUUGCAGUGGUUCACGUGGACGCGCCCGGCCAGCAGGAGGGCGCGCCUCCCUUCCCCAGCGGCUAUCGCUACCCGACCAUGGACGAGCUGGCGGAAAUGCUGCCCUCUGUGAUGACUCAUCUCAAGGUCAGCAGUGUGAUCGCCAUCGGCGUGGGAGCGGGGGCGUACAUCCUCAGCCGCUUUGCACUGAACAACCCGACCCUGGUGGAGGGGCUGGUUCUGAUCAACGUGGACCCGUGUGCUGAAGGCUGGAUCGACUGGGCCGCCUCAAAGGUGACCGGAUGGACCAGUAAUUUGGUGGAUAUCAUCAUGGCUCACCACUUCAGCGCUGAUGAGCUGACAGACAACCUGGAGCUGAUCCAGACCUACCGCCUCCACAUCGCCCAGGACAUCAACCAGGACAACCUGGCCCUGUUCUGUGGCUCCUACCAAUACCGCCGGGACCUGGAGAUCGAGAGGCCAAUCGUGGGUCUGAACGAGGACACAGUUAACACAUUAAUCUGCCCAGCGUUGUUGGUGGUCGGCGACACAUCCCCCGCUGUGGAGGCUGUGGUGGAGUGCAACUCCAGGUUAAAUCCAACCAAGGCCACACUGCUAAAGAUGGCUGACUGCGGAGGCUUGCCCCAAGUUGUGCAGCCAGGGAAACUUGCCGAGGCCUUCAAGUACUUUGUUCAGGGAAUGGGCUACAUUCCCUACGUUCUUCUCAGCCACCUGAGCAGCGAUUCAGUGCCGUCAGUAGGGAUGACUCGCCUGGCGCGCUCACGCACCACCUCCUCCUCCAGCAUCACCUCCAUGGACAGCAGUCGCAGCCGCAACAACCUCAACAGCCUGCUGGAGGGCAGCGCCCUGGACAACCAGGCCGGCCCCCAGACCCUGGAGGUGUCCUGCUAAACUCUUCACAUUCCCACAGUAACUUAUGUGCCCUCUCUCUCUCCUCCCCCUCUCUCUUUCUCUCUCUCUCUCUCUCUCUCAUCCCGCUCCUAAACAACUCAACGCCAGGGGGAUCUGUAAGGAACUAUGUGAUUAGAAAAAAAAAAAUGUAAUAAAUAUAUUAACAGAUGCAUAUUAUUGAAUAUUUAAUACAGUGUCACAUUCUUACCAGAAACCAUACUCACGGUCAAAUGUGUUGCGUAUUCAAAUGGUUAAACCAUAUCAUUGUCCAACCCCAAAACCCCUUUCUAUUUAUUUUUUGUUCACAUUGUCUUUGAUUUAAAUGUCUCCACACACAAACACUAUAGAAAUGCUCCGUGUGUGCUUAACAACACGUUUACACUCUGAACUGGUCUUUCCUGAUCUCUAAACAUUGAUUUUUGAGUCCCUGUAUCUUUUGUGUUUUUAAUCCUAACCAUAUCGCGAGGCCCAAUUAGUCACAAACUAUGCCGAGGGGCCACUAAACAUACUGUAGCUGCAGAACUUGGGGCAAAGGGAUGCAUGGGAGAACCAGUGACGUCGGUCAAAGUAAACUAAAGCUGUGGAGGGAGCAUUUAGUGUCAGUAACUCGUUCACGUCACGCACACUCGUUCAUUUUGUAUUCUUUUCUUUGUGUCUGAGCUCGUCUCCUCUUCUUUCUGCUUCAGUGUUUGAUGUUUUUGUUCAGUUGAAUAGAUUAUUCUGUGACGUUUUAACAACCUGCAACAAGUGGGUUCUGAUGUGAAAAGUACCCGUCACCGGGUGCCUCUCGCUGUCUGCUGAUUCAACCCAUUUAUAUUACUACUGAAUAAAGGUACAACGUGA